GGAAAGGCCCGAGGGGGAGCCACCGCCGCCAUUUUCCCGCGGUCUCAGUGCUGCGGCGGCGGUGGCGCGGUCCGUCGUGUCCCGUCCCGCUCGCACCAUGUCCGGGCAGAGCCUGACGGACCGCAUCACGGCGGCGCAGCACAGUGUGACCGGCUCGGCCGUCUCCAAGACCGUCUGCAAGGCCACGACCCACGAGGUCAUGGGGCCCAAGAAGAAGCACCUGGACUACUUAAUCCAGUGCACAAAUGAGAUGAAUGUGAAUAUUCCACAGCUGGCAGACAGCUUGUUUGAAAGAACUACAAACAGUAGCUGGGUGGUAGUCUUCAAGUCUCUCAUCACAACUCAUCAUUUAAUGGUGUACGGAAAUGAGCGUUUUAUCCAGUAUCUAGCUUCCAGGAACACAUUGUUUAACUUGAGCAAUUUCCUAGACAAAAGUGGGUUGCAAGGAUAUGACAUGUCCACAUUUAUCAGAAGGUAUAGUAGGUAUCUGAAUGAAAAAGCAGUUUCUUACAGACAAGUGGCUUUUGAUUUUACAAAAGUAAAAAGAGGGGCUGAUGGAGUCAUGAGAACAAUGAACACAGAAAAACUUCUCAAAACUGUACCAAUUAUACAAAAUCAGAUGGAUGCGCUUCUUGAUUUCAAUGUCAAUAGCAAUGAGCUUACAAAUGGUGUAAUUAAUGCUGCCUUCAUGCUUCUCUUCAAAGAUGCCAUCAGACUCUUUGCAGCAUAUAAUGAAGGAAUUAUUAACCUGCUGGAAAAAUACUUUGACAUGAAAAAGAACCAGUGCAAAGAAGGUCUUGACAUUUAUAAGAAGUUUCUCACUAGAAUGACAAGGAUUUCAGAGUUCCUCAAAGUUGCAGAGCAAGUUGGAAUUGACAGAGGAGACAUUCCAGAUCUUUCUCAGGCACCAAGCAGUCUUCUUGAUGCUUUGGAACAACAUUUAGCCUCUUUGGAAGGGAAGAAAAUCAAAGACUCCACAGCUGCAAGCAGGGCUACUACCCUUUCCAAUGCAGUCUCUUCCCUUGCAAGUACUGGCCUGUCUCUCACUAAAGUAGAUGAAAGGGAAAAGCAAGCGGCGUUAGAGGAAGAACAGGCUCGUUUAAAAGCUUUAAAGGAACAACGUCUAAAAGAACUUGCAAAGAAACCUCAUACCUCUUUAACAACAGCAGCUUCUCCUGUGUCAACUGCAGCAGGAAGCUUAAUGACUACACCAGCCAUUGAUAUUUUUUCUACCCCCAGUUCAAACAGCACAUCAAAGCUGCCAAAUGAUCUGCUUGAUAUGCAGCCAACUUUUCAUCCACCUGUACAUCCUAUAUCCACUGCGCCACAAGUAGGAGGUACAUGGGGAGGGUUCACUCCAUCUCCUGUUGCUCAGCCACAGCCAUCAGCUGGCCUUAAUGUUGACUUUGAGUCUGUAUUUGGAAACAAAUCUUCUAAUGUUAUAGUAGAUUCUGGUGACCUUGAUCCUGCAAAUGCAUAUGCAUGCUUUGAUGAAUUAGGCGGACUCCUAAAACCAACAGUGGCCUCUCAAAACCAGAGUCUUCCAGUUGCCAAAGUACCACCUAACAAGUUGGUAUCAGAUGACCUGGAUUCAUCUUUAGCCAACCUUGUAGGCAAUUUGGGCAUUGGAAAUGGAACUACUAAAAAUGAUGUAAAUUGGACUCAGCCAGGUGAAAAGAAAUUAACUGGCGGUUCCAACUGGCAACCCAAAAUUGCACCUACGACUGCAUGGAAUGCCCCAACUUUGAAUGGCAUGCAUUUUCCACAAUACGCACCACCUGUAAUGGCCUAUCCUGCUACAACACCAACAGGGAUGAUGGCAUAUGGAAUGCCCUCACAAGUGGGAGGUGUACCAGUAAUGACGCAACCAACCUUGAUAUACAGCCAACCUGUUAUGAGACCAGCAAACCCUUUUGGCCCUGUACCAGGAGCACAGCUGUCUGCAGCAUCCAGUCCUUCCAGUCAGAGUCCUCACAGAGCCUCAGGAAAGGACCCUUUUGCAGAGCGCUCUCUCCAGGAUUUCUUGUAGAACAACUUAGAUACAGUUCAUGUAACUGUGGCAGAUGGAAGAGAAAGGAACAGUUCCAAAAAAUGUGCUCAACAGCAGACCCAACUUCCAGCAAAAUCCAAACUUCAGUCUUUCCAACUCUCCUUUUUUCCAUCAAGUGAUGCAGUAAAAUGAUGAAGGUCUAUAAAGGAAACUGGGACAUCUCUGUAGGAAAGCAUCAAUACACAGUAUAAAGCCAAGAAUUGCCAUGAUUUAAGACUAAGAUUUGUUUGUUUUUUUCUCCCCUGGUGACUAAUGUGUCAGUACUCUUCAGCUUCUAUUAAUAUCCAUAAUCAGUACCAUACAAGAGAAGCCUUUAUUCUGAUAUUAUGGUUUUUAUUUGGAAAUGCUGUCUGGAAUGGAGAAUGAGUGUCCUUUACUGUAACUGAAACAGACUUUGGGGGGGAUCAAAUCCUAACUCAGUUCUACAGUUACCUUCGCUUCAGUCUUCACACAUGUAGACCCAGUAACAAAUUUAAUUCUUUAAAAAAAAAAAAUUAUAUAUUCAGUUUGCAGUAGACAUUCCUUAUGUAUUAUUGUUUGUAUUUAUUUAUGAUUAUCAAUUUAACAUUAAUAUUGUAUCAAAAAACCUCCUUAUGAAAAUGAGUAUGGAUGUAUACAGUAUGUCUGAUUUUUAUCCACAAAGAAUGAUUCUGAUUCAGAAUGCUUUUGAGCUGACAUACAGAGCACUAAAUAUUUUAAAGGUCUGAAUCUUAUGAAUUCUCAGUCUGUAUGGGAAUUAGGGAAGAGUUAUAAAAUGCAUUAAUCCUUAUAGUCAAUUCUGUGCCUAGGAUUUUGCAAGGGAACAGUUAACUGACUAGAAGCACUACAUUUUUAAUUCAGCAUUAGUGCAUUGGGAAAGGAACUUUAUUGCUUUGUGCUUGGCAUGUCAUUAUUUUUACAUCUGACAUUAUAAAGCCUUUCCAAUAUGAAUGUGAGGAAUUGCUUUCACUUCAGGACUUUCCU